UAGAUCUGGAGAGCGGGGGCGCGGCGGAGAGUGGAAUCCGUUCGCGGCUCGAGUGCGGCACUGUGACUGCGGUCCCGGCGCCAGCACAGCCCGGCCAGAAUGAAAAAGGCAGGCAUUGACCUCCCCCUGAGGCAGUUUCAAGGUCCUCCGUGGUGCUCACACCCCGCCUCCCAGCCAUGCGUGCCCUUCUGCUCGUCAGCACCUUCUGCCUACUGGCCAGGGCCCUGGCCGCCGAGGUGAAGAAACCCGCGGCUACAGCAGCUCCCGGACCGGCUGAGAAGCUGAGCCCCAAGGCGGCCACGUUUGCUGAGCGCAGCGCCGGCCUGGCCUUCAGCCUGUACCAGGCCAUGGCCAAGGACCAGGCGGUGGAGAACAUCCUGCUGUCGCCUGUGGUGGUGGCCUCGUCCCUGGGGCUAGUGUCGCUGGGCGGCAAGGCGGCCACGGCGUCACAGGCCAAGGCGGUGCUGAGCGCCGAGCAGCUGCGCGACGAGGAGGUGCACGCGGGCCUGGGCGAGCUGCUGCGCUCGCUCAGCAACAGCACGGCGCGCAACGUGACGUGGAAGCUGGGCAGCCGCCUGUAUGGGCCCAGCUCGGUGAGCUUCGCAGAGGACUUCGUGCGCAGCAGCAAGCAGCACUACAAUUGCGAGCACUCCAAGAUCAACUUCCGCGACAAGCGCAGCGCCCUGCAGUCCAUCAACGAGUGGGCGGCGCAGACCACCGACGGCAAGCUGCCCGAGGUCACCAAAGACGUGGAGCGCACCGACGGCGCGCUGCUGGUCAAUGCUAUGUUCUUCAAGCCACACUGGGAUGAGAGAUUCCACCACAAGAUGGUGGACAAUCGAGGCUUCAUGGUGACCCGUUCCUAUACCGUGGGCGUCACCAUGAUGCACCGAACAGGUCUCUACAACUACUAUGAUGACGAGAAGGAGAAGCUGCAAAUCGUGGAGAUGCCCCUGGCGCACAAGCUCUCCAGCCUCAUCAUCAUCAUGCCCCACCACGUGGAGCCCCUGGAGCGCCUUGAGAAGCUGCUGACCGAAGAGCAGCUGAAGACCUGGAUGGGGAAGAUUCAGAAGAAGGCUGUUGCCAUCUCCCUGCCCAAGGGUGUGGUAGAGGUGACCCACGACCUGCAGAAACACCUGGCUGGGCUGGGUCUGACUGAGGCCAUCGACAAGAACAAGGCAGACCUGUCUCGCAUGUCCGGCAAGAAGGACCUGUACCUGGCCAGUGUUUUCCACGCCACCGCCUUCGAGUGGGACACAGACGGCAACCCCUUCGACCAGGACAUCUAUGGGCGUGAGGAGCUGCGCAGCCCCAAGCUCUUCUACGCUGACCACCCCUUCAUCUUCCUGGUUCGAGACACCCAGAGCGGCUCCCUGCUGUUCAUCGGGCGCCUGGUCCGGCCCAAGGGUGACAAGAUGCGAGACGAGUUGUAGGGCCCCAGGGUGGGUGUGGGAUGGCACGGGGCAGCGGGAGGCUCCUGAGACACAUGGGUGCUAUGGGGGUGGGGAGCUGAGGUACUGACCUUGGAUGGUCCAUGGGGUGGGGGUGGGAAAACAGGGGGGCUGGCUGUGUCUGAGCAGACCUUCCCAGCCAGGAUUCACUCUGCCUGGACACAGGCCCCCAGAUGUCAGGAUGCUGAGCCCAGAGACCCCACAUCCUGUGGGAGCUGGGCAGUAGUCGUGGAGCCCUGCUCUCGGCCCUGGGAUCCAGGCUGCCUCGGUCAGUGUUCAUAUUUAUAGCUGUGUGCUUUCUCAUCUGUGAGACAGAAUCGAGCUGGGGAUUUAGCCAAGCCCUCAUGGAAUGGGGGCCCUCUUCCUGAUACCACCACCACCUCAGCCCCUCCCCGGCUCCCUCCCAAUCUUCUGACUUCCCUCAACUAUAAAACUAGGUGCUGCAGCCCCUGGGACAUGUACCUGCCCCCUGCCCCUGCCCCCCCCAUGGGUCUGACCCCAGUGAGGGGGUCGGGUAUAGCUUAUGGGGGGGCAGGGGGAGCUCUUGGGCAGACUCCAGUCAGGCAUCAUGGGGAUGAACAUUUUUUUUUCCCUUUUAUAGAUUUUCAAAGAUGGGGAGGAAAGGGGGGAAAUGAGCCUUUGUUGCUGUCAAACAAAGAUCUUAUUUGUACAAUUGUUUUUUUUCAAUAAAAUUUUCCAGUGAAAUUUU